AUGGGCUCAGUCAACUACACACCUCCUACUUCACCAUCACCUCCAUCCUGUUACGCCAUGAGUGACGAAGAGGAAGAUGAAUACAAUACCAUCGCCCAGACUGCCGAGAGCAGAGGGGUCAAGCUGCUCUUCUCCAAAAGCAAAGUCUAUGUCCAUCCUACCUCCUCCUCCAAAGACAAUAUCCCUGGCUUCAUCGCCCUCAUCCAGCAAAAACCCGUCCCCGCAUCACAUGCUCCACCUCAGUCCAAGAACUCCGUUACCCCCUCUUACCUCCUCGCAUGGGUGCCCGAAUCAUCCCUCGGGGAAGCCUACGAUACAUACGUGAAAGUAGAUCUCUCGGAAGGCGACUCGCCCCCGCGCCAGACAUACCUCGUUCCGCCGCUUCCGACCACCACUACUUACAAAGACCCCAUCGGUUUAUAUGCAUUUGCAAUCCCACUCUCAGAGAUAUACUCGUUACUAGUGCGACCGCCGAGUCUAGGAUGGUGGUUCGGGAGUGUGGUGAUCAACACCCGCGCAGGCGAUGGCUUCCCCGCGCUCUUCUUCCACGAUGACGAAUGCGAGUCCACUAUCUUGCAGAAGAAGAAGAGAGUGAAGGAGAGUUUCGACCCAUUCGGAAAGGAGGGAGGUCUGUUUUGGGGUGGCGAUGAGGUAUUGCGGUGGCUGCGGAGGUAUGUGGAGGUGCAGCGCUCCGCAGUGGACCGCAAUGUCUAUCUCAUCAACCCGUCGGAGGAGGACCAGCUGUCGUUUGGACGGCCCGUGAGCCAUGGCGAUAAUUCCAUCCCGGCAAAGGCGCAGCCCGAAGCUGCCGCCCCGGGGUCCAGCCGAGCUGCACCGCCCGAUGCCACCAUGGAUCCGUUCAUGAAGACGUUGAAAGAAACUCGGUGGAAAAUGCUGGAGCAACUGAGCAAAAUCACCACGUUCACCCGUCGCACGGUGAACGAAGUCGCGGAUAACCCGCGGAUGCCGCCACAAAUGCGCCGUCUGAUGAAAAACCCGGAGAUUCAGACGUUGCAGGACGAGUUUGACAGCGCCCGGGUCUAUCUGGCUCGCUGGGCGAUGAGUGUUGCGGAGCAGAGUGAUAAAGACCGCAACCAGCGCAUAUGGACUGCGCAGGAUAUGUUGGAGAUGGAAAAUAGUUCGGUCGGCGACUUUGAGAUUCUGGAGUUGGAGACCGGCAAUCUGGCUCUGCAAGAGCGACGCCGGGUUCUCCAACUGGCCGAGUGGGAGGGCUUCUUCGACCCAACAACGGGUAGACUUCAAGUGACUGUGGAGGAAGUCAAGGAGCGGAUCUUCCACGGAGGCUUAGAUCCCAAUGAUGGCGUCCGAAAGGAGGCUUGGCUCUUCCUGCUCGGGGUGUAUUCCUGGGAUAGCAGUCGCGAGGAGCGUCAGGCGAUGAUGAACUCCAAGCGCGAUGAAUACAUUCGACUGAAAGCAGGAUGGUGGGAGCGAAUGGUUGAGGGUAACUCCACGAUCGAGCAGUUUGACAAUUGGAAAGAGCAGAAGAACCGAAUAGAGAAGGAUGUUCACCGCACCGACCGUACUAUUCCGCUAUUCGCGGGCGAGGAUAUCCCUCAUCCCGAUCCCGAUUCUCCGUUCGCUGAGACGGGCACCAAUGUGCACUUGGAGCAGAUGAAGGACAUGCUCCUGACGUACAAUGAGUUUAACCCGGAUCUUGGGUAUGUUCAAGGAAUGAGCGACCUCUUAGCACCGAUCUAUGCAGUGAUGCAAGAUGAUGCCGUGGCUUUCUGGGCGUUUGUCGGGUUCAUGGAUCGAAUGGAACAUAACUUCCUCCGAGACCAAUCGGGAAUGCGUGGCCAGCUGCUGGCCUUGGAUCACCUGGUCCAGCUCAUGGAUCCGCAGCUUUACUUGCAUCUGCAGUCCGCUGACAGCACUAACUUCUUCUUCUUCUUCCGCAUGCUGUUGGUGUGGUAUAAGCGCGAGUUCGAUUGGAGCGAUGUGCUGCGUCUCUGGGAGACAUUGUGGACCGACUAUUUCUCCAGUAGUUUCCACCUAUUUAUUGCCCUAGCAAUACUCGAGAAGCACCGCGAUGUGAUCAUGGAUCAUCUCAAGCACUUCGACGAAGUGCUCAAAUACAUCAACGAACUCUCCAACACAAUGGAUCUCGUACCCAUUCUCACUCGUGCCGAAUCGCUCUUCCACCGCUUCGAGCGUUCAGUCCAAGCAAUCGACAAGAAGGAUAACUUCCCCGCUGCACCCGCCCAGCGUCGACCAGGUGCACCUUCCCGCGAUGCUUCAGAUAGCAGCAAGGGCAAAUCUCCGGCUGUUGGUGCAAGCAGCGGGGUUAAUGCUGGCUCGUCUUUGCAAAAGGCAAUUGACGCUGGUAAGCCGAAGGUGAUUUCUCCCGAGCUACGGGAAUUAUUCCGUAAAGAUAUCCCGUGGAAACGCCAACAGACUUCGUGA